UGUCGCUGCGAUGACUCACGCUGAAUUUUACGCCGACAGACGGCAAACAUUAUAAUGCGCUCUCUCAGUUUGUGCCGGCCAGUCAACGGGUUAACUUUACGAUAAUUUAAUAUAUCAUAUUAUUAUUAUAACUCCGUCGACCACUCCACAUCACCCUAUAUCACCAUGACUUACUACACAACUAGGUGCACUCCCACGGUCCGUCCGGCAGCUGAUUUCGAUGCCGAAGCCGACGCCGCAGUACUUAGGACUGCCAUGAAGGGAUUCGGUACUGACGAGCAAGCCAUCAUCGACGUGUUGGCCAGACGGUCCAACACUCAGAGACAGGAGAUCAAAGAAGCUUUCAAGACACUCUAUGGAAAGGAUUUAAUUGACGAUCUGAAGAGCGAACUCGGUGGGAACUUCGAGAACGCCAUUGUCGCUCUGAUGACCCCGCUUCCGGAGUUUUACGCCAAGGAGUUGAAAGACGCCAUCAGUGGCGUGGGCACGGACGAAGAAGCCAUUGCCGAAAUUUUGGGCACACUCAGCAAUUUUGGUGUCAGGACCAUAUCCUCUGUCUACGAAAAACAAUACGGAAACUCGUUGGAAGAUGAUUUGAAAUCCGAUACUUCUGGAUCUUUCCAGAGAUUGUUGGUGUCUCUGUGCUGUGCCAAUCGCGAUGAAGACGUGGAAGUCGAUCGCAGCGCUGCGGUUGCGGACGCUCAGGCUCUUAUCGACGCGGGCGAAGCUCAUUGGGGCACGGACGAGUCGACCUUCAAUUCUAUUCUGGCCACUCGUUCCUAUCCACAGCUGAGAGCCAUUUUCGAAGAGUACGAGAACCUCACUGGCAAGGAUAUCGUAGAGACCAUCAAGAACGAAACUUCCGGCGCUCUGGAACACGGUUUUUUGACCAUCGUGAAAAGUGCCAAGAAGAAGAGCGACUACUACGCCGACCAGCUGGAAGCCUCAAUGGCGGGCUUCGGCACCAGCGACCGUCAGUUGAUCAGAAUCAUCGUUGGCAGAUCUGAAAUCGAUUUGGGAGACAUCAAACAGUCCUACGAGACCAUUUACGGUACUCCGUUGGCCGACAGAAUCGCCGGCGAUUGCGGAGCAGAAUGUAAAAGUCUUUUGAGGACCAUCGUUGAUCAAUAAUGAUAAUUAUUUAUAUAUGUACCUAAUAUUUUAUUACAAAAUAUAACGAUUCCUUAAUAUUAUGGCAUAUUAUAUACCUAAUUAGUAAUUAGUAAUUAUGUUAUUCAAUGCAAAUGCUUUUUAUAAUCUUUUAUACUCUUUAGCUAUGAUGCGUAUUAUUAUACCUAUUGUUUUUAUCAGUUUACUCAUUAUGUUUAUAUCUAUAUUUUUUUAUACUAUUUUAUUUUUGAACAAUUUAUUGCUAGUAUGAGGACAAUGCACACUAUAGUUAAUUGGCCCACCAACAUUAUGUUAUAAUUUUAUUUAUAUGUUAAUUAUUUAUUAAGUAGUUAUUAAACAUUUAUAUUAAAAAAAUAUGAUUUAUUGGCAAUACAAAUUAUUAGUAACUUCUAAACUACUACUACGAAUGUAAAACUUUUUUUUUUAUAUACCUAUUUGAAUAUUAUAAAUCGUUUAUGAGCAUA